CUAGCUCACUAAACUCGUAAAAAACAGUAUCAAAACCUCUUGCAAAGCAAAAUCACAGCCAAGCUAAAGCAGCAAGCACUUACUUCUCGCUCGCCGACUAACGAUUGCGGCCGCCGUUUUCUUGUUCUCGAGUCGCAACUCGCUUGUUCACUCAGCCCCGAGUUAACUUAAGCACGUAAUCAAGUGUUCUAGAGAGAUGAUCAAGAAAAAGAAUCCUCUCGUAUUCUUAGACGUGUCCAUUGACGGAGAUCCUGCUGAAAGAAUUUUUAUCGAGCUUUUCGCCGAUGUUGUUCCCAAGACUGCCGAGAAUUUUCGGGCACUCUGUACAGGUGAAAAGGGCAUUGGUAAAACCACCGGAAAACCUCUGCACUACAAAGGCUGUUCUUUCCAUCGAAUAAUCAAAGGAUUCAUGGCCCAAGGUGGUGACUUUUCGAAGCGAAAUGGCUCUGGUGGAGAAAGUAUCUAUGGAGGGAAGUUUGCCGAUGAGAACUUUAUACUGCGGCAUGAAGGAGCAGGCCUUCUUUCUAUGGCGAAUAGUGGUCCAGACACAAAUGGUUCCCAGUUUUUCAUAAUCUUUAAGCCACAGGUCCACCUUGAUGGGAAACAUGUUGUCUUUGGAAAGGUGGUUAAGGGAAUGGACAUGGUGAAGAAAAUUGAACAGGCAGGAAGUGCUGGUGGCCAACCUGCCGGACCUGUAAAAAUUGUGGAUUGUGGUGAAACUUCUGAAAGUAAAAUUGAAGAUUCCGUAGGGAAGGACUCAGGAAAGAACAAGAAAUCUGGGAAGCCUACGGAUGAUGGUCCUGGUGAUAAAGUUAGAGGAAGAAGUAAAAAAUCCCUGAAGGAUGCAAGGAAGAAAAGAAAAAGAAGAUACUCUUCAUCUUCAUCUGAUUCUGAACCAUCAUCUUCAGAAUCAGAUUCUGAUUCAAGCUCAUCUAGUAGUGAUGGAAGGCAUAAGAAGAAGAGGAGGUCGGCGAAAAAAGAUAAAUACCAUCGUGGGAGAAAACUGAAGUAUAGACAAAGGGAGAGGAAGAGAGGCAGGCGUGAUAGACGAUCAAGGCGAAAGUCUAAAUGGAGUUCUGAGAGCGCAAGUGAUACAGAGACUGAUAGUUCUAGCAGCUCUAAUGAUGAAAGUCCUGUUUCUGCUCGUAAGACCGAUAAUUCAACUCAGGCCGGAAAGAAAUCAAAUCAGAGCCCUGAUGCACGUGGAAAAUUCUCUACCCAUCUCUCUGUUAAAGAAGCUGUGGUGGAACAACAGCAAAGGAAUGACAAGCCCAAGACAGCUGAGGCCAGCUCGUCACAUGAAGAAGGUGAAUUGUCUCCCAAGAACAACACACAUCUAAACAAUGGGCAUGGGACGAAUUCUAAAUUGUGCACUUCUCCUAAUCGGCAUUCUUAUUCAGAUGACUCAGACAAAUCCAGGAGAGCCAUUCCAAGCUCCAAAAGUAGGCCUAACAAUAGCCAUAGGAGCAGUCCUAGCAUGAGUCCUGAAGAAGUUUCCAGGAGUGCAAGAUUCAGAACUGACAGUAGAAGUCCAGUUAGGAAGUCUGGGGAGCUGAGCCAGAGAAGGUCAUCGAGGAGUCCACUGGGUAGUCCUGCCAACAAAGGCCACCAUGAACCUUCUAUGUCAAACCAUGGACAGGGUUUAUCACACUCUCGGUCCCCAAAUGGCACACCCAAGCGCAUUAGAAAAGGGCGUGGCUUCACUGAACGUUAUGCAUAUGCACGUAAGUAUCGCACCCCAUCUCCCGAACGAACCCCUUGGAGGUCCUACCAUUAUGGAGGAAGAAAUAUCGAUGGGAGGAACCGUGAUAGGCUGUCAAGCUACAGAAGCUACUCCGAGCGCUCACCACCAAGACGCAAUAGAAGUCCACCAAGAGGCAGGAGCCCCCCGAGGUACGGAAGGCGGAGAAGCAGAAGUAGAAGCAGAAGUGUUUCUAACAGCCCAGGCGGUUAUCGUGGCCGCUACAGGGAUCGGAGUGGGAAACAGAGUCCAAGACGCAGUCCAACUCCGAGAGAUAAGCGACCUGCCAUAAGUGAGGGUUUGAAAUCUCGUUUAGGUCCCCGAGCUGAUGACCAGUCUUUUCCUAACAAAGGAAGACCGAGAUCUAGGUCCAGUUCGAGGUCUAACAGCCGUGGAUCCUCUCUUUCUAGAUCUCCUGAUUCUGUACCACCAAAACGUCAAGGCAGAGCAGCUAGCAGGUCCCGAUCAAGCUCACCAUCUGGACAGCAGGGUUUAGUUGCCUAUGGGGAUGCCAGUCCUGAUACUGGAAUAAAUUAGCCUUUGGAGGCCUUUUGGUCGCUGAGAGGGCGUGCGCCAAUCUUUGCUCUGCUCAGACUACGGUGUUGAGCAUGUUGAGUCGAUUGGCACGUAUAUCCAAACAUUUCUGCAGAUGUGUCAUGCUUUCAGGGAAAGUUGGAGGGAGUUGAUGAUCCUCAUUUGUCUCCUAUCCGGGCCCAUUUGAACGUUCUUAUCUUUAUUUCUGGGUCUCCAUGUGAACAUAUGGUUUCAGCAAUUUUAUUUUAUUUUUGUUUAUCAAGAACGAUAUUGUAGUAAAAAAGGUCGUAGCUGACUAUCGUAAGAUUCCUCUACCACCCACAAGGGAUCUAAAUCUAUUUUUCCUAGAAUAAGAAAACAAUCUCAUGAUUCAUUUA